AUGGCCCACAUCGUCAGCACCGCCACUUGGGUCGAACCUCUCCUAGCCACCGCCACUUUCCUACUCUUCGGGUAUCUCUAUGCAGCUCGCAGACGAUACCGGCUCCCACCUGGGCCAAAGCCCCUACCGGUUUUCGGAAAUGCAUUCGAUAUGCCGAUGCGAAACCUCGCCGUUAGCUUUCGCGAGCUCAGUGACAAGUAUGGCGACAUCGUGUACAUGAACGUCAUUGGACAGCCUAUAAUUAUUUUAGGCACCUACCAGGCUGUUCACGAGCUGCUCGAAGUCAGGUCCUCAAUCUCGUCCGAUAGGACACAAGCCCCGAUGGCUGACUUGACGGGUUUCAUGUGGGACUUCGCUCUGGAGGGUUAUACCUCGCGGUGGCGGACGCAACGCCGCGCAUUCCACCAGCUGUUCUACCCGAACGCCAUCAAGAGCUAUCGCCCAACGCAGCAGCGCGUAGUCAGACGUUUAUUGCGAAACCUGAUUGCGAAACCUGACGGCUUUGUCAAACAUAUAGCACACUACUUCGGAGCCUCGAUCAUGAAAAUCGUGUAUGGGCUCGAGGUCGCCGACGACGACGAUAAGUAUGUCAUGAUUGCCAGGAGGGCGCUGGACGUCUUCAACUACUUUAUGGUACCCGGCCGCUUCUUAGUCGACAGCCUGCCCGUCUUGCGUCACGUUCCCAGCUGGUUCCCCGGGGCCGGGUUCAAACGUAAGGCAAAAGUCUGGAGAAAGGAUGUUCUGGCAUUGCGCAACGUCCCUUUCGAGGCUGUGAUGGACAAUGUGGCCAAUGGAAACACGCAAUCCUGCAUCGCUACCUCUUUGCUAGGAAAGCGUGCUCAGCUCGACGGGGAAGCAGGCGUAGAGUUCGAAGAGAUGUCGAAGGAUAUAUGCGCCCUUGCGUACAUCACCGGAGCAGACACCACAUUCUCCAACGUCGUCGCCUUCUUUCUGGCUAUGACCAUCUUCCCCGACGUCCAGGCGAAAGCGCAAGCGGAAUUGGACGCCGUGAUUGGUCCGAGUAGGAUGCCCGAUUUCGAGGACCGUCCCGCUCUUCCGUACAUCAACGCAGUGGUGAAGGAGUGCAUGCGGUGGCAUGUCGUUGUGCCCCUCGGUAUCGCGCACCGCACCAUCGCUGACCAGGUGUACAAAGAGUAUCUCGUUCCGAAAGGCACCGUGGUCGUUUCGAAUGCCUGGGCCAUUUCUCGCGACCCCGAGGAAUAUCCAGAUCCUGAGGAGUUUAAGCCGGAACGCUUUCUGGGUCCGGAGCCUGCAAGGGACCCUAUGUCCUUCGUGUUUGGCAAUGGCCGACGAAUCUGUGCCGGCCGACACUUUGCGGACGCAUCGCUCUACAUCAUCGUGGCAUCCGUCCUGCAUACGCUGAGCAUCAAGCCGCCACUGGAUGCCUCCGGCAAGCCAGCUCACGUCGAGCCCAAGAUGACCACGGACAUGCUCCUCUCUUAUGUGGAGCCGUUCAAGUGCCGCAUCGAACCGCGUUCGGCGCAAGCUGAGGCCCGCUUGAAUGACCAGGACCUCGCUGACGAGUGA